CAGGAUGUGGCCGCUCAAAGGCAGUAGCAGCGGCUUCCUGCAUCGGGAAAUGAUCAAGAACUCAGCCCCUCGGUCAGACAGGGACGUACUGUACACUCUCACUCACUCAUUCACAAGGGUCCUGGCACACCAAGUAUGCUGUCAUAGACCAAUGCAAGGACUGUUUGGUUGAAUGCAAGUGUCAAGACAGCAGCAAGAGGCCUGUAACUGUGGUUGAGUCUGAAACACUGUGUGAAAAAUAGCUAGAGGUUCAGAGCUUCAAAUGUCUUUCACAUGUCAAAGGCAUAGAAAUCAUGUUUCUGAACCUGACAAAUGGGAGCUGCCAUCUUCCCCUGGAGACAGACUGUAUUGGUCUCACCUACAUCUACAGCCUGGCUUUCUCUCUGGGCCUCCCAGCCAAUCUUUUGUCCCUUUGGGGACUGUACCAACUGGGCCGCUCGGGUGGUGGUGGCUGCCAGCUGGUUUACAUACUCAAUCUGCUGCUGUCAGAUCUUCUCCAGCUACUGACCUUACCUCUGUGGAUUCUCUAUCUACAGGGGGCACACCGCUGGCCCUAUGGCUCCAUCACCUGCCAGUUGGUGGGCUACGUCUUCUAUGUGAACAUCUAUGCAAGUGUCAUCUUCCUGUGCCUUAUUGCCCUGGACCGAUGUCUUGCCAUCGUGCACCCACUAAGCAGCCGUGGUGUGAGGAAAGUACGCCUGGCUGCAUUCUCUGGUGUGGUGGUCUGGACUCUCAUAUUUCUCUUCUGCCUAAUCGGCCUUUAUCCAUCCGUUUUUGAGCCCCAGAGAGGCCUGUGUCUGGAGCAGUAUCCCGUCAGCCAGAGAUAUGCUUACUUUAAGAUAGCCACAUUGGUCCUGGGUUUUCUGAUGCCAUGCUCUAUACUGGGCUACACGUCUGCCAAAAUCGGAGUAACACUCCACAAUUCCCCUUCUGUCUCCAACCACGAGUGCCACAGAAUCGUGGGUACCCUCACGGUGAUCACCAUCAAUUUCAUUGUGGUCUUUGGCCCCUACCACAUGGUGGGCGGUUACAGAUUCAUAGCGCUGCUGCUAACUGAGGACCAAUGUGCAUUGGAGCGCUCUGUUUACCUAUGCUACAGGAUCUGCUAUGGGCUAACCAGUCUAAACACCCUGCUAAAUCCCCUCUUCUAUAUCUUCCUCUGUCAUGAUGUCCGCCUUGAGCUCUGGAGGUCUCUGCCCUGCCUGAACAGGCACUCUCGUACCCGCCCUGGGUUAAGGAUCAUGACCUUUGACCCAAAAGAUCAGCUGAAUCGCAGAGCAAAUGUGUAGUCACCACGCACAGAUGAUAAUCUGUGAUCGAGUCCUUCUGGAAUGUGCUAUGGAAACCUGCAGGUUUUUAUGAGAUGACGCUUAAAUGGCUUAUCAGGUAUCUCUGACGAAUUACCUGUCACAGAUCGCAUCAGUCUGUUCACCAGGGCUGCUGGUAUGACAUACAGGUAAGCUACAUGGGGUAUGUCGUUCAGGUUAAUUUCUACGUGAUGACAAUAUCGUCAGCCAAGCAUUACAACUACAAAACAUUGGAGACAGCAAGUACUAUAACUGAUCAAAAAAGCUUCUCCCAUAUUUCACAUUUUAGCAUGGCUGAAUGUUUUGUACUCAAAGUUCUCUUGAAAACAAGGAACACAAUCUGGCAGCAGAUGUUCCUAUUUUUUUCAGAAUAUCCAGAGCACUCAGAAAAUGUACUCAUGGAAAAAAAAGUAUUUUUAAAUGGGGUUGAUUUUCAACUAGGCUACUUUUACUAGUGAAAUCUAGUGAAACGUUCUUGUUUUUGCUUUUUAUUUAUUACUCUUUGACAAACUGAGUGCGGUUACAGUGGCAUGUCAAUUAAAGCAGUCAUCACGAUGUCUGGUCAGGUCCAGUUGUGCUAUUUGAACUCAUCCAUUUGUGAAAAUUUACAGUUGUGUGCAGACGUUUGGAAGCCCUAGGUCAAAUGGCAUGUUUUGCUGAUUUUCUAAGUGAAAAGAAGUUCAUACAUCCUCUACAGAGAACACAUUUCUACACAUUGUAAUGUACAAUUACUGUUUAUUUGAUGAGCACAACAUACUGGAAAAAAUAUAACAAAGUGUGGCCUGUGCAAAUGUUAUGGUACAUUUUAUAUUUUAUGUUUUUUUUCCAAUAUGUAAAAGCAAAUAAAUACAAACUGUAUACUAAAACUUACAGAAAGUGUUUAUUCUCUGUAGAGGGUGUGUUAAAUUAUUUUCACAUAGGCAGUCAACAGUAGUCUGACUGGGGGUUUUCAAAAUUUUGCAUAUGACUGUAUGACACUGAUCUGCUUGUCAGUUCUAUCAUUACAGAAACCAGACACAGCUGCUUUUCCUCCUGCCCAAGUAAUCACAAGAUGUUAUUUGAAGGAAGUUUUUCACUUCAGCAAAUUUCCUCUAUAGCAACAAUUCUUCUACUUAAAUGAAGUUUGUUUUGAACUUUUUCCACCACUGGUUCCCGGUAAUGACCUGUAACUGUUAUUCUUUUUAGAAUGAGUUUGAGGAUGUUUAAGCACACUUGUGUCAAGUCCGAGCUCAGUCCAAGCUUUCUGCCUUAAUUUACGGCACCUACAAUUUAACUGCAGUUCUAGGGUCAAUCAGCAAAACUAAAAAUCUGUAUUCUAAUACUGUACACUUCAUUCAACAGGUGAUGGGCUUGUCACUUGUUACACUCUGAUGAUUAUGUUAGAGAAGGAAACAGAUAAAUCUGUGCAGGCAAAUGUGCCCCCAGCACUGGAGCUAAAACACACUGAUCUAAUACACAUACAAGAGUGACAUCUACAGGAUAAGUUACUUACAGAGACUUUCCAUAGAACAAUGACAUACAGUAUUUGCAUUACUAUUUAGGAGUGGUUUACUACAAGGUAAAGGGAAUAUGAUUUAAUUUCAAUUAAUGGCAUGCUUUGAAGAACAAAUCAAGAGAGCUAACUUUCAGGUUUGUGAAAUUCAUUAUCGCUUUCUAAUUCUCUUGUGCUCUGCUAGAUAAUGCUGCAGUACUUACUCUAAAGAGCUGAGCCAGAGCAGAGAAAGAAUGUGUUUAUUAACAAGAGUGUGUUGGUUUGAGAUUACCAGUCAAACCAUUUCAAGAUCUGAGAGGAUGUAAGAGAGGCUGAACAUUUAUUUGUAAUAAAAAAAUGUGUGUAA